AAAUUCCGACCUGUGCGGAAUAUGGUGCUACAUGAAUGUAACGCGAAGGUCUCUAAACCCGGAAGUGUGUGCGGGUCGCAGUCGUGUGUGUUUGUGCUAGGUUUAAACCAGUAAAAACAAAACCACAUAUAAGCGCCCCCAUGAGAACCCUGUGUAAACUGCAGGCAGGAGGCCAGCCCUACUACCUGCUGACUAAUGUGGUACAGAACGGCAGGGAAGGGUUUCAGCUCACCCUGUGUGAUGGACUGACAGCAUGGGCUGGACAGGUUGAUGGGGACGACAUGAAGGAGAUGGCAGACGAGUCCGGGAUGGAGUUUGAGACGUUCGUUGCGGAGAGCGUGCGGGCGCUGACUCGGGAAAACAUGGGUGACAUCACCUUUCACUACUCUGUGGAGAUACAGGAGGAGGAUGUCACAUGUAGACAGUUCUCUUGGAAGAAGUACAUACCAUCAGAAAAAGUCAGGUUCCAGUUGGGCAGUAUGAAGUUGCGAGAGGCAGCCAGUCCUGGCGAGGCAAUGCAGCAGAUAUUUGACCACGCCCUGGGUAAGGUGGAGGAGCUGAGACACACCAUCUCUGAUGUACAGAAGGAGAAGGACAGACUGUCCGGGGAGAGGACCAAGGCACUGGAGAGGCUGGAAAAGUAUGUGGCACAGAAGGAAGAAAUGGAGGGAGACCUGUACGCCAAGUUUGUUGUUGUCGUCAACGACAAGAAGGCCAAAAUCCGUCAGCUGAAAGACGAGUUGGCGCAGGCAAGAGAAAUGGCAGCUACGCAACAAUCCAGAAAAGUCAGCCAGACCACAAAACGAGACGCCCCAUCAGGGUCAUCAGAAGACAAUGACACAGACAAGAACCCUGAUAGUGAAGAUGAAGAAGAUGGAAACACGACAGACGAGGAACGGCCGAAGAGGAAGGUGUGGAGGAACACUGCAGGGGGUGGGGGCGACCUCGACCUUGAGCUGGGAGGGGAAGACGAAGGAGGGGCCGACCUUGAACCUGCUGCUAAGAGGAGGAGAAGAAGAGAGCCUGCUCCCAGAAGAGAUGAAGCGGUUUCCAAGCCUACCAUUCCAAAGGGAACUUCACAGCGUAGCCAAUCCAGUGAUAGGUCCUCCCCUUCAGGAGUACCCAGAAUUCCCAGCCGCCAAUCAUCUGGCAGAUCCAACAGGUCAGGUGACCUUGAUCCAGAUGACCUUUUUGAUGAGUUGUGAAGUGCCCAUUUCACAUGAACUGUUGGUCCAUAAUGUUUCUGCAAUACAUUUAUUUACAUUAACAAUGUAUGCAAAAAUGUAUCAAUGAAUUUUUUAACAAUCUAACAGUCAAGGUGCUUUGAAGAAAUGCUUUUGAAAAAAGUGCUAUGUUAUGAAUUUCAUGUAGUAGAUUCCAUGGACCAAAUUUGAAUUCUAAGUCUUUAUAACCAAUGAAUUGUUAUGAAUUUGAUGAAAUGAUAGUUUGAGACAAUUCUGACUUUUAGACUUGUAGCUUGCAACUAGGAAUAUACAAUGUUGUCAAGUAGAAAUAGAUGAGUAUAUGACAAUUGUUGAUGUUCUACAAAAGGAGACAUACAUGUAUGUUUGACAGUUGUUGAAUGUUGUCAUCAAAAGUAUUGGCAUGAUAUAACAUCAAGACAUAAUCAAACAUGGGAAUAAAAUAUGACCUCAUAAUUCUAUUUUUUAUCACAUUCAAAACCUUUUCCUCUGAAUAGACCAAACCCAUAGCCCACCCACCUGUGUCAAAACACAGAAAUGCAGAUAUAAUGUUAUAAAUAAUAUAUAGACAUACAUGCAGAUUGUAGUGUAGUACAUUUUAGGUAACAUUAGGACUCAUAUUUAUCUGAGUGUGUUGGCAUUGUAGGAUAGUCUUAGCAAUGAAAUAAAAGAAAUGUAUGAUUUUUCUAA